AUGGCGUACUUCAUUGACGGAAAGGACUGCAUGAUAUCCGAAUGGAUUCUGCUGGCGGUUUCCUAUGUAUUCGUUGGCCUCCGUGUCUACGCCCGCCUCUUUCGUCUCCGUGAGAAGCUGGCGGUAUCAGACUGGAUUCUGAUCCUGUCGGCGAUCAACGCUCUCGGUCUUAUCAUUUGCGACACCCUGACCUACCAACUCGGUGUUAUGGACGAUUGGGCCCCAUCUGUUGCGUUGUCCAAAAUCUCCUUCGCCUCCAACUACUUUUACGAUGUCGGAAUGGGUUUCCCGAAGAUGAGCAUGCUGGCGUUCUACUGGGCUUAUUUCCCCGCCGACACCAGCCCCGUCAUGCGCAAGGCUCUUUGGGGCAUCACCGCCUUCGUCGGCAUUUCUUACAUGGCAAUUCUCUGGGAUGAUACCUUCUUCUGCGGCAAGGAUGUCUCCGUUCAAUGGUCGCAGGAAGACGGUGCUUGCAGCGUCUUUUACGCUCCCGAGCCCUUCAUCCUCAACUUCACACUGAACCUUGCCUGCUACCUUGCAGUUUACGCUCUCCCACUUGCACUCUUGAUCCAGGGUGUUCUGCCGGCCUCGAAGGGCCUCACCCUGACAUUCGUCCUCGGUACCUUGACCAUCUUCACUACCAUUGUUCGUUUCAUCACGCUGAAGGUUGGCACUGGUCAAGAGAACCUUGUUUACCCCAUGAGCAUGGUGGAGAUGGCUCUUGCCAUCACCGUUGUUGCUCUUCCCGGAUUGAAGCCUUUGAUCGAUCAUUCUUCGAAGCGAGAGUCCUCCGUGGAUACUGUCGAGGUCACGAACCAGGACAAGACGUUUUCAUGA